AUGCAUGUGUUUGAGUGUCAGUGGAGAGAUGAUGAAAGAAAUUACAAAGGAAUGCCUAUAGCCCAUAGUGAAAAUCUCACUGACAGAAAAAAUCAACAUGGUGGAAGGGAUACUGGAAACAAACUUAUUGAAAAUAAGCUUACAUUAAGCUUUUGGGAUGAACUGCAUAUAUUUAAAAGUGAAGAGAAAUUUGAUGAAUUUAAUCAGGCUGACAAGAGUAUCAACAGCAGUACCUCAUUUUUACCACUUCAGACGAUUUCUCCUAUUGUCCAAACCAACAUUUCUAAUACAUAUAAGAAUGACUUUAUGCAUCCUUCAAUACUGAUACAAGACCAGAAAGCACACAAGGAAAAACCUUACAAAUGUAAUGAGUGUGGCAAAACCUUUCCUUAUGGCUCAAACCUCAGUAGACAUCGGUUAAUCCACACAGGAGAGAAACCAUAUAAUUGUGAUGUAUGUGGUAAGGUGUUUAGCCGAAAUUCACACCUUGCGUGUCAUCGGAGAAUUCAUACUGGAGAGAGACCUUACAGAUGUAAAGAGUGUGGCAAAGCCUUUAAUCAGCGCUCAAACCUCACUCGACAUCAGGUCAUCCAUACAAGAGAGAAGGCAUAUGAAUGUGAUGUGUGUGGUAAGGUCUUCAGUCGAAAAUCAAUCCUUGGAAGUCAUCAGAUGGUGCAUUUUGGAGAGAAAUCUUACACAUGUAAUGAGUGUGGCAAAGCCUUUAGGAAGCGUUCAAGCCUUACUCAGCAUAAGAGGAUCCAUACUGGAGAGAAGCCUUACCUAUGUGUUGAGUGUGGAAAGGCCUUUCGGAAGCAUUCAAAUCUUACGCAACAUAAGAUAAUCCAUACUGGAGAGAAACCUUACAGAUGUAAUGAGUGUGGCAAAGCCUUCAGUGUGCACUCAGCCCUCAGGAACCAUCGGAUAAUCCACACAGGAGAGAAACCAUACAAAUGUGAUGUGUGUGGCAAGGUCUUUAGUCGAAAUUCAGUCCUCGUGAGUCAUCAGAGGCUGCACACUGGGGAGAAACCUUACAAGUGUCGUGAGUGUGGGAGGUCAUUUAUUCAACGUUCACUCCUUUGGAUUCAUGAGAAAAUUCAUACGGGCGAGAAACCUUACAAAUGUAAUGAGUGCGGCAAAGCCUUUCCCGUGCGGUCAAUCCUUACCCAACACAUGAGAAUCCAUACUGGAGAGAAACCUUAUAUAUGUGUUGAGUGUGGCAAAGCCUUUACAAAACAUUCAAAUCUUACUCAACAUAAGACAAUCCAUACUGGAGAGAAACCAUACAAAUGUGAUGAGUGUGGCAGAGCUUUUACCCAAAUUUCAAGUCUUAGUAGGCAUCAGAGAAGGCAUACUGGAAAGAAACCAAAUAAAUGUAGUGUGUGUGUCAAGGCUUUGAUGCAGCAGUCACAGCUGUGGGGUCAUGAGAGAACUCACACUGGAGAACUCAAAUGCAAUUUGUGUGGCAAGGCUUUUAUCCAGCACUCAAGCCUUGCGGCACAUCAGAGGAUUCAUAGAGGAGAAAGACCUUAUAAAUGUAAUAAAUGCGAUAAGGCUUUUAUCCAGAAUUCACAACUUUGGCGUCACAAGAGAACUCAUAUUGGAGAGAAAUCUCAUAAAUGUAAUGAGUGUGGCAAAGCCUUUACAGAUAGUUCACAUCUUAAUCGACAUAAGAUAAUUCAUACUGGUGAGAAACCUUACAAAUGUCAUGAGUGUGGCAGAGCUUUUACCCAAUUAACAAACCUUUCUAGGCAUCAGAAAAUACAUACUGAAAAGAAACAUUAUAAAGCUGAUACAUGUGGCAGUGCUUUUAUUAAAAGCUGA